CGGCCUGGCUGCAGCCCGGGCUGCUUGCACGCACACCUCCGGCUGGCGCUGGAGGAACUACGCCUAUUUUGCAGGAUUCCGCGGCCUGAGGUAGGGUGUGCUCCCCUGUCCCGCGGCAUGAAUGGUCCGGCCCGUAUCAGCCUAGCUGCUGCUAGUUGCUGGUUGCUGGAUGCACGCGCCGAGCACGCGUCGCUAGAGCCGGCUUCUAGAGCUGAGUACCCCGGCGCGGGGUCCCCGCAGUCAGAGCUGCCUGGGAUCCCGGGUCCAUGAGCCUUCCAGGCUGCAGAUUAGGACCUUGGAUGCACUGAGCUCCGGUCGAGUGGCCCAGACCCGGGGAAGGGGCGCCGAUGGUCGUAUCCGCAAGCCGAGAUGCUCAGCUUUUUAGGCGUGACCCGCACAUGACUUCACCUUUUGAAGCCCCAGAUUUGUGACCCGUAAAAUGGAUAUAAUCAAAGCUACUUCACGGUGCUGUUGAGGAUUAAGUGAGACGAUGCUUGGAAAGCUCACUGCGCGAGGGAGACCCCGGAACAGGGUUUGGCUGGCCGAGCGCCCCCGCCGUCACCCAAGGCCACAUGCAGCCUGACGGCCCCAGUACAGCCGUCCUUUCGUGAGAUGCAGGCCCUCCACCCUCAGCACCGCUGCCGGGGCAGCUGCCGGCUCAAGGCCAGGGCUUCUUAUGUGGAUGAGUCUCUGUUUGGCAGCCCUGUGGGCACCCGGCCCACCGUACCAGGCUUUGACCCACCCUGGGUGCAGAAGACUGACAUAACCAGAGCAGUGGGCGCCAGGGCCUUACAGAGCUCGCCAGGCAAGGGGACCUGUGAGACCACCCGCUCCGAGGGCAGCACCCCGGCCCUCAUGCCGAGGAAGAAGAACAGAUACAGGCUGAUCAGCCACACCCCGUCUUACUGUGAUGAGUCGCUCUUUGGCUCCCAUCCUGGGGGCACCAGCUGGGAGGCCUCUCGCCUGGCCAAGCAGGAUGCAGUCAGGCUCCACAGCCUCUUCUGGACACCGCCCACCACGCCCAGAGGCAGUGACUCUCCCCGCCCCAGGGAGACCCCGCUGUGCCCUGUCCAUCCUAGGGGCUCCUCCGUGACACAGCCCCGGCUGGCAGCUGACUCCCGAGGGUUGUCCCCGCGCCCCCUGAGGCGAGAGCGUUCCCAUUCCCUCACCUGUCUGCAUGUCCCCAGCACCGGUCACCCAGCCAGCAGUGCCCCCCACACAAAUGGACCUCAGGACCCCAGGCCUCCCCGGGCAGGGGUGACCUUCCGGAGCCCUCUGGUGACCCCCAGGGCUCACUCAGUCAGUGCUUCAGUGCCAGCUACUCCCCAGCGAGGCAGGGUCCCCCAGAAUCCAAAGCCCCCCUGGAAGUGAGCUGCUUUCACAGCUUUGUCUGGGGGAUCAUGAGGAGGGACUCAGCCCUGGCGGGGCCCUUCAUGGGCAGAGGACGCCUGCAGGACCCCAAGGCAUGGAUGGGCAGUACCUCCUUUUAUCCUGACAGUCGCUUGCUCCCUGCCCUGUCUGUGGGCUGCCCCUUGAGACAGCCCCUCGAGACAGCCCCUCUGGCCGGCCCCAGCCAUACUAGGAAUCAGUGCCAAUCCAGGGCCUCCGCCUCACGCUGUCCAGUGGCCACGUGUGACUUACCAGCCAGGGGGAGGUCCUUCCCACCUCCCUCCCUCCAGGCCCGCUUCCUGCUCAGGACCCAGGGUCCUCCUGAAUCUGGAGGCAUUAGAGGGGUUUUCUUUGAAAUUUGUGUAUUUAUUUCCACAUAUUAAAUACAUGUGUAGCUCAUCAAAUCCUUGAGUGU